AGAGAGAUGGAGGAGAGAGCUAAGUCUCUGGCUUUGAUCGCAGCCGGUGCUCUUUUGGGCUCCAUUACUGCCACCGUAGCUGUUCUCAAGCUUCUUCCUCCUAGAAUAGCUACGGUUCAAUACAGUAAUGGUGCGAAAUCAAAUGGCGAAGCAGUUUUAUCUGCUCCAGCUGCAGAAGGCAAUAGUUCUCUAAAAGCAGAGAUGUAUGAGAUCGACCAUGCAGACCUGUUAAAAGACGAAAUAGUUUCUGAACAGCUCACCAGGAAUAUUCAGUUCUUCGGUUUUGAUGCACAACAAAAAGUGACAACAUCCUAUGUUGUAGUCAUUGGCCUUGGAGGGGUCGGGAGUCAUGCUGCAUCAAUGCUUUUGAGAUCAGGAGUUGGCAGGCUCCUCCUUGUAGACUUCGAUCAGGUUUCACUUUCGUCUUUGAAUCGACAUGCGGUUGCUACGAGAAUAGAUGUUGGCACCCCAAAAGCGUUAUGCCUUAAGAAACACUUCUCAUCAAUUUAUCCAGAGUGCCACAUAGAUGCAAAGGUGCUGUUAUAUGAUGCUUCUUCAGAAGAAGAAAUUCUCUUGGGUGAUCCCGAUUUUGUUUUGGACUGUAUUGAUAACAUCGAUACAAAGGGUGUUCAUGGAAACAGUCUCUGUACGUUGGGCCGUUGGGGUAGAGUCAAGGUGGCUCUUCUUGCUGCAUGUGUACGUAGGGGUCUAAAAGUUUUGUCUGCUACAGGAGCUGGUGCUAGAGCUGACCCAACGAGAAUCCGCGUGGCUGAUUUGAGAGAAUCUACUAACGACCCCCUAUCUAGAGCAGUUAGACAACGUUUAAGGAGAGAUCAUGGUAUUGAAGGUGGCAUUCCUGUAGUUUUCUCUUUGGAAAAACCCAAGGCGAAACUGCUUCCUUUUAAGGGACCUAAUGGAGAUGAAGAGAAUCCUUCAGAUUAUCAAGUGGUGCCCGGGUUUAGGGUCCGCAUAAUUCCUGUUUUGGGAACAAUACCUGCUAUUUUUGGACAAAUCAUGGCAUCAUAUGUUGUGACAAGACUGGCAGAAUUGCAAGUCCACAUGGAGCCCAUUGUGAACUUCGAUAUGGAUCAUUACCGCGUUCUACAUCAGCGCCUUAUUGAGCACGAGGAGUUGAUUUACGGCACCUCCAUCCAAGUUCAGGUAGAUGUUGAAGAAGUCAUGUAUGUUGCUAAAGAGUUGUGGCGUGGAAGAAGCGCUAGAGAUCAAACAACAAAAGUAGGGCGUGGAAUGUGGCGUUCUGUCAACGAGCUGAUGCUCGUGAGAUGGGACAAAUCAAAACCCGCAUCCGCAUCAAAUCUUAUCCUUCUAAAAUUUACAGAGGCCGAUGAGCAUGAGUCGACUACACUUGAAGAUCUAAAGGAACACGAACCAGAAUUUUUCACGAGGGUAACAUCCACACUGAAACGAGCUGAAUUAGACUUGGCUCUGUAGACUGUCGAAGGUGUAAUUUAUGCCAAAUAUCUGCAUUGUUUAUUGAAGAUCGUCGGUGCUCACACCAAAUUUUUGGUUCUGCCGACAGAUGUUAUAAAUUUACCUGGUGCAGUUUUACAUUGUGACCAACUUAUGCAAGCUUUAAGGUAGCAAAAAUGACAUUUUAUUUUGAUAGGAUAAUUUUUGUAGCUUUCAGCUGUGCUUGUUGCAAUUUUGAGCAGUGCUUUACUGUAUUUCUUUUCUUUAUUGUAUGCCAGCAUUAGUUUUACUGGU